AUGGAAGUAUUCGAUGAACCUGAUGAGGAAGAAGAACGCCAAAUUAGCCAAUACAUCGAUGUGGUAGACUCACCUAGGGUUUCACAGAACGAGAGUGAGUAUCAAAGAAGCUGCACCUUGUCUUGUUCUUGGGAUCUCAACAACUAUCACAAUGUUUAUGCUGGACUACAGAAUGGAAUGGUUUUAGUAUUUGACAUGCGUCAAAACAGAGGACCUUUGGUUUCGUUGGCUGACGUAACAAGCAAUUCGGUUCAUAUUGUAGAUGGAUUUCAUGUUUGUCUCAAGAGAAGAGGUGAUGGUUCUUAUUCUCAGAAACAGUCAUCCACACAAGCUAUAUCCACCCGUGAACUCAUCUUGCAAGAUCCUUGGUCUUUUGCUGUCUCACAACGGUUCGCAUUGUCAAGUCAACUUCCGCUUCAAGAUGUGAAAUACGCUAACCUCAAUGGCUCGGGUCUGCUCGGUCUCUUAACCAAUGAUAGAUUCCAGUUUCUUAGAAGCGAAUCUCCAUGA